GGUUAGGCCGCCGCACGCCGGAAGUGGCGGCUGGAGCGGGAGCGCUGAGGUGUCGGCCGGCGGGGCAGCGGCCGGGAGUCGGGGGCGGGUGCGUUGGUCAUGUUUCCCUUCGGGCCUCGUAGUCCCGAAGGGGACGAGGCGGCCGGAGCCGGGGCUGAGGAGCCGGCACCCAACGGAGGGCGGGCGGCAGUCACCGGGCCGCUCCCUUCCCCGCCCGCGCCGCCACCGCCCGGGGCUGACGCAGUCCCUCCCCCGUCGCCCUCCUGGAGCCCGCCCUGCCCCGGCGCCCCUUCGCUGCCCCCGGCCGCGUGCGCCGAGGUUCUGGAGUCCUCAGCUGCUGCCGCCCAGGGAAAGUCGUCGCCGCCCUCCCCUCCGCGCCGGCGACCCGGGCCAGACUGCAGGGUCGGAAGCCGGGGCCAGCACGGCCUCUGCGCCAGCCUGGGCGGCCCCGGCGCCCGGCUCUUCGGGUGGCUGAGAGCGCGCAGCCUGGGCCGCGGGCUGUGCGUGGACCCGGCGCGGGACAAUUUCCGCACCAUGACUAACCUCUACGGUUCCAUCCAUCCCGCGGACUCGGUGUACCUCAGCACCCGCACCCACGGUGCAGUCUUCAACCUCGAGUACUCUCCCGACGGGUCAGUGCUGACAGUUGCUUGUGAACAAACUGAAGUUCUGCUUUUUGACCCUAUAUCUUCAAAGCACAUAAAAACACUUUCUGAAGCUCAUGAAGACUGUGUAAAUAAUAUCAGAUUUCUUGAUAACCGGCUGUUUGCUACCUGCUCUGAUGACACUACAAUAGCACUAUGGGAUCUGAGAAAAUUGAACACCAAAGUAUGCACUUUACAUGGUCACACUAGCUGGGUGAAGAACAUCGAAUAUGAUACUAAUACAAGACUCUUAGUAACAUCAGGAUUUGACGGAAAUGUCAUUAUUUGGGACACCAACAGGUGUACAGAAGAUGGGUGUCCACAUAAGAAGUUCUUUCACACUCGUUUUCUCAUGAGAAUGAGAUUAACACCAGAUUGUUCCAAAAUGUUGAUCUCAACGUCCUCUGGGUAUCUCUUGAUUUUGCAUGAUCUUGACUUAACCAAGUCUUUAGAAGUAGGCAGCUAUCCCAUUUUGAGAGCAAGAAGAACUACAUCAAAUUCAGAUAUGACCACUUCAUCAAGUUCAUCUGGUCCUAGAGUUUCUGGUUCACCUUGUCAUCAUAGUGAUUCCAAUUCAUCUGAGAAGCACAUGUCACGAGCUUCACAGAGAGAAGGAGUUUCACCACGAAAUAGUCUUGAAGUCUUAACCCCUGAAGUUCCUGGUGAGAGAGACCGUGGAAACUGCAUAACAUCCUUACAGCUGCACCCAAAAGGCUGGGCCACUCUUCUGCGAUGCUCCAGUAACACUGAUGAUCAGGAGUGGACAUGUGUCUAUGAAUUCCAGGAGGGAGCGCCUGUGCGACCUGUCUCACCUCGCUGUUCUCUACGACUGACUCAUUACAUUGAAGAAGCCAACGUAGGCAGGGGUUAUAUCAAAGAACUUUGCUUCAGCCCUGAUGGGCGAAUGAUUUCUUCCCCACAUGGCUACGGGAUUCGCUUGUUGGGAUUUGACAAACAGUGCAGUGAACUGAUUGACUGUUUGCCCAAAGAAGCCAACCCCUUGCGGGUGACCCGUUCCCUGUACUCUCAUAAAGACGUGGUACUGACGACAAAGUUCUCUCCAACGCAUUGUCAGAUUGCCUCAGGGUGCCUCAGCGGGCGGGUUUCUUUGUACCAGCCGAAGUUUUAGGCACAACGUACAUCAAGUAAGGACUGCUUCUGCUGUUUGACUUAUAAAUUACUUCAAUUUAGGUGAAGUAUUUUAUUUUUAGAAGAUCUUAAAAGUUUGGGCCAAGAUCCUGGUUCUUACAGGUCCGUGAACACCCCUGACCCCAGGACUCGAGCGUCCAGCGCCCCAGGGGCCCGCAGGUGGCCUCCGCAGCGGCCCCCUGUGCAGCACGCCUCAGCUCCUGCUCACCUGGGCGCCGAGCGACGGCUCUUCUGGUGAUUGUGCAUGGUAGCUAUCGCCAACGUUCUUCUGUUUUUGUUUCUGGUGUGAAUUUUGUGGACAUUUGGCAGGAGUUUUGGUUGGGUUAGGAGAAACCUGUGAUACUAGUAUUGAAUAAAACCCAGAAGUUUGAUGUUGGCAUACUGAUUGUUGAAAAAGAAAUUUCAUCGUAUCAGUACACCUGGCCUUUUAAAGUUGCUGUUACGUUUCUCUAUAACGAGCACAGAUAAUGAAUGGCAUUUUUCUCAUGAAUGUUAAGUCUUGUAACAAAAUGUCUUUUAAAUUUCCUGUUAAAAUUACACGUAUUUUUUCAUCAUGAGGGAAUUUGUUGUUAAAUUUAAAGAAAAUAUUACCACCUCUCUUUGUAAUUUAUUUAUAUGGAUUUAAAAAUCUCUAGCAUGUGUCUUACUUGGUGUUUUGUUCCUGUGAACAGCUUUAAGAAGGAAAAGAGACAGAUGGGGCUUUGGUCAUUUCUACUGUAUAGAAGAGGUUUGAACUAUUAGAUAAGUCCACUCUCUGGCCACAGAGUGAGAACAGUGUGGCUUAGACUUUGUUUUCUCAGCCAGAUAAAGGGUGAAUCAAGAGUAGAGAGGUUGUUUUUACUUGUCUUUCUUCCUCGAGCCCGGUGGCACAAGCUGCAGUCUCUCACUGUUAGGGGAGCUUGCAGCCCUCUUCAAGAACUGCCAGACAGAACUUUUGUUGUGUUUUAUUAGUACACGGCAAGUAAAAAGCAUUAAGCAGGGGUCAAGCACAAGGCUGACUGCUGAAGCAAGCAGUCUUCUAGUCUCCUGCACUUUGAACGGUAUUGUGUUUUGAAGGGAUUUGCCAGAGGCCAGAGUAAUUGAAGCCACAUGCUAGCUUUUUACCUCUUAGACCACAUUCUUUUAGGCCAGUGGUUCUCAAAAAUUAUAAUCAUUGAGGAGCUUGUGAAAAACACAGAAACCUGGCCCUCACCAUGGGAGUCUUGGAUUCAGCCACGGUGAGGACAGGAAUCUACAUUUUUAAUAAGAACCCCAAGUAAUCUUUAUUCACAGUUUAAAAAACACUACCUUAAACAUUAUUAAAUACUUCUCUUCCCAUCAGUGCUUAACAUAACUCUGAGAAGGUGUUUUGAUGAUUUAAAAAACAGUAAAUGAAAGAAAUUUUUGAGGUAGAAAAUAACUUAAAAUGGAUCAAUCUCAUUAUUCGACAAAUGAGAAAAGUUAAGUAACUUAUCUAAAGUCAUCCUGCAAAAUUAGUGGCAAAGCUAGGACGUGAAUUCAAGUCUCCUAAUUCUUUGCUCAGGGCAAUUUCUAUUGUAUUAUGCUGGCUGUUAGAACAAUGCCUUAUGAACACUUUAAGCUGUAUUAUUGUGAAUACCCUUAAACUGGCCUGUAGAUUGAAAAAGGAUAGCAUGCGAAUAGAUGCUGGGAAUUCCAGCCAUAAGAAAAAAAGCAUUUUAAAUCUUACAGAAAUGUUUAAGGAACCCAAAUACGUGAAUAAAAAUGACACUUCUCUGUAGGUCCUACCAGACAGCCAUUCACACACAUGUAUGGAGGUUACAUCUUGCUUGGAACAAUAUUGGCUCUAGGACAAAUUUUUAAAAUUAGAUCAUUUUACCAUUGCUGUUCAAAAAAAUUGGAUGUUUUUAGUCAUCAAAAACAUUACCACAAAGUACAGUGAAAACAUAGGUUUUCCAUAAUUUUAAAAACUAUAUAUUUAAAAUAUUUGGAGGUAAAAACACCCAAUGUUAACAAUAAAACAAGCUACAAAGUAUAAUAAUUGUAUUGAUAAUUAAAAGAAGUUUCCAUAAAUUGUAUCCCUUUUGUCUAGAGUUCCAUGUCAGAUGCUGGGCCCACCUGUUGCCCAACUCUCAAUUUCAGUCUGACUUUUCAACCACUAUAGAGCAACCCAUCAUGUGUUAGAUGAUGUACAUACUUUGCUUCUAAACCUCACAAAAACCUUGCAAGGUAGGUGGCAUGAGCACCAGUUUACUUUGGAGGAAGUGACAGAAAGGUUAAGAGAUUUACCUUAAGUCACAGAGCUGGCAUCGGGUAGCAACACUGGGAUUCACACCCAGGUCAUUUUAGUCUAAAGCCCAUGCUUUCUACUCUAUCACUUUGCCCUUUAGUUUGUAAAGGACAAUAAGCUCGCCUGUUAAUUUAUUUGUUUAGCAUCUUCUGGAAGUUCUUUAUUACAUAGCUGGCUUAUUUUCUGCAUCACAUAAAAGAACUUACAAGACUGACAAUUUCCGUUAGAAUUAAUACAGCAGGAAGUGCAGGGCAUACAUGCAGUCCAAUCCUAACUAACAAGCCUCAAGCAGAUAAGUAGCUAUGAAAUUAAGAAAAAUAGAGGAUAGAGUCUUGUUUAACAAUAGAGCCACACAGGUGAGAAUUAAAAAUUAACAGCCAGCAAACUCAAGAGAACUGUUACCUUUGUCCUCUGUGAGGUGUGGUCAUGAUAAAAAAUCAGGAUAUUAACCAAGGAAUUAAAGGGCAUCAGGAAUACUACUGGAGAAAAUGACAUUUUAUAAUUUCAAGGUCCCAUUUCACUUGGAUUAUGAAAUCUAAUCUGGUGUAUUUUACUCUAAAUUUUAUUUAGCCUUUUUUAUUCAUGAUAAUUGUCAAGUGUAUUAUAAUUGGUAUAAUGUAUAAUUAUUGGUAAAUGUAAAUUUACAAGGUUGCUGCAGAACAGUAUAUUUAUGUCAAUGCUGUGUUGAAUGAGUUUAGGAACAUCAACUACACAGUAGUUCCUUAUUUUCAAUUGUGAAAAUGAAGUGGUUAAAGCAGAAGAGACCUCUAUUUUAAUCUUUUGAAAAUAUGUGUCGUCUUUUUUCACAGAAGCGCAAAGAACAUGUGUAUUUUGUUAUUUCUACUUGCUACAUCCCUGAAGAGGCUAUACCAAAAAUUUUAGGAAAAGGUACAUCACAUGUUCCCUGCUCCUAUGUCUAAAACCAAGAUCACAUUAUAUUAUAUAAUGGUUAAAGUUUUGUUUUCUAGAAAAGUGCAAUAUAGGAAACACACUGAGAAUCUUUUAGAAGCCUAGUGUUUCCCAUUAGUCAGAAUAUGUGGUAUUGGCAUCCAUAAAUAUCUGUUAAGCUUGUGUUUAGCAGAAGUACUCUGAUAAGUUACUGAUGAUGACAAUCAUACCCACUGAGUGACCAGCAGUCACUGAGAACUGUGAGAGUGCUCAGUGACAACCUCUGUUGGUCAUGAAAGAAAGCAGAGAUAGGCAUUUUUUGGUAACUAAUGCAUAUCUCUUAAGUGCCAAAAUUUUAACUUGUAGUUAUCUUUGAUGCAAGUCUUUCAGAUAUGUUAGUAUACCUCCUGCCUUCUUAAACAGCAUGCUCAGUAUAAUUCACUUUUUCAUGAAAAGUAAAAGCUAUAUUGGUAUAUUACAAAUAUCUAAUGAGUUCUGAUGUGUGUAAAAAAAACUUCAUAAAAUGUAAAGGGCUAUAACAAAUAUGAGUUAAUACCAAUUAUUAUAAAGUUAAUUCCCUCAGCCCUAGGUAUAUAUCAUCAUUUACCUCAGAUUGCUAGUAUUGGCUUUUUUAAUUUAAAGAAAUUUAUAUUUGAUAAGUAGUUUGUCUCCUACCACACUAUGAAUAUGCCUGCCUUUAACAUGCUCCCUACUUCCUUCUAAUACGCUGUGUUCAUCUGUUCUGAGCUGGGCCAUGAAAGAGCCAAGCCUGCUUAGUGUCUAAAGAGCCGCACAAGCUCUGGGUGCUGUGUUUGAGGCAGCUUUUUUGAUUGCUUACCCUCCUUCUGACAGGUUCACGAGAACCUUCUGAAUAACCGAAGUUCCCAGUUAAAGCUCAGGCUAGUGAUUUCUUGCAGUUGUCACUAAGUAAAAUACUACAAACUAAGGAUGCUGCUAGAUGAAGGAAUAAAGAGCAAUGUACCAAAGUAUGCGAAGCAACAACAAAGGCUGUGAAUUUGCCCAGGGGUCUUUCAUGCUUUUAAUGGAAAAAAAGAGUACGUGGAAAAAACAAUGAAAAUAAAAUCCAUGUAGACUAAAGAGUACCUUUGAUACCAUUAAACUGUCAAUAACCAUUAAAAUACAUGCUUGAAUUAUCACACAUUAUUACAAAGAAUAGUUUAGUCUCACUGCAGAAUAAGAUUGUACAGAAAUGUAUACCCUGAAGACGACUCCUAGGAAUUUCUCCCAUUCAGAUAAUGGAAAUUACUAUCAAAAGGAAAGUCUCAAAUAUACUUGUAUGCUGCCCUCUUUAGUUGUAAAUGAUUAGUGAUAGAAUAUGGGUUUCAUCAAAAGCUCCAAGGAACACAUCUCACAUAUGCACACCUCCCAUAUGUAUAUGUAAAUGUCACUGUAAAUGAAAAUGUCACCCAGAGAUAAUAAAAUAAUUUUAAAAUUUAAGUUGGUA